AUGGCAGAUCUCAAGGAUUGGCGCUCAUAUUCCGAGAUCGACCCAGAAUUGGAAGCAGCGUGCCAGACUCUCAAGGCCAUCGGCCCAAUCCGCGAAUUCCACGAGUUUCCCAAUGUUGAUGCAGUACGGGAGUUUCUUUCUAAGGGCAGGACACGUGUGGCCGAUCAUUUUGGUCGUCCUCCGGGGGUCAAAGAAGUCGAUCAACAAGUGCCGCUGCGUGACGGUACACAAAUCACAUGUCGAAUCCACUCGCCUGAAAAGGCGCCUGAGAAUGGAAGUCCUCUGGCGGUCGUUUUCCAUGGAGGAGGUUACGUACUUGGCGGUCUCAAUAGCGAGGAGCUGCUCUGUCGACGACUCGCAAGCUUCUUGGGCAUCACUGUUCUCAAUGCAGAUUAUCGUUUGGCUCCAGAGCAUCGCUUCCCAACGGCAGUCAAUGACGCUUACGAUAUAGCGAAGUGGGCAGCAGCAAACGCCGGUUCCUUUGGCGCCGAUCCAACAAAGGGCUUCAUAAUCAGUGGCUCCUCGGCCGGCGGAUGUCUUGCGACAGUGACAACGCUGCGCUUUCGCGACGAAGCUCACAAUCCACCUGUCACAGCUCUACAUCUCAUGGUUCCACUCCUCUGCUACCCACCUGCGCUGCCCGAAGAGUACAAGGCCGAAGACUACGCCAUUACGCAAAACAUAGAUGCGCCCAUCCUCAACAAAGAGGGCAUGAAAUGGACAUUUGAUCACUACAUUCCCAAUGAGCAGGAUCGAUAUGGACCGCUCUUCUCGCCGUUCCUAUGGCCCACGGGAUUCAAAGGCUUCCCGAAGACGUAUUUCCAGAUCGCGGGCAUGGAUGCUCUUCGAGACCAGGAAUUGAUCUUUGAGAGGAAGUUGAGAGUCGACGAAGGCGUGGAGACCAAGGUCGACAUCUAUCAGGGCGUUCCGCAUGGCUUCAAUAGUUUCUUACCGAAGCUGAAGGUCAGCGCGAAGUUUGUGGAUGACUGGAAAGCAGGGUAUGAAUGGCUUUUGAAGGCGCAGGCUGUCUGAUGGUAGCCAGCACGAUGGCUUCCUGCUCCUCAUAGCGUAGAAUGGAUGUAGGUUGUCGAGGUCGAUGAGUUUCGCAGAAGCCACGUGAUUGUGAUGAUAGAUAUUAGACAGGCUCGCUCAAAGGAUUACGACUUGCAAGAGUGUGUCGAUAUUAAUGAACAGAUGAGAGCUUCCAAGCAGAGACGUUGCGCCUUCUUCGCGUUCAUCCCAUUGCAUCUCCAGGGUCCAGCAGCCGCUUGGACGACAACGGCUCAGCGCUAAAACGCCUCGAAACCCUAUUUCCGCCCCCUUUGAGUUCGUGCCGGAGGGCAAUACAACACUUUGUCGUGGACACGGCGAUGAGGCUAAUGGUUGUCAGUGUAGGACAUCAUUUCGCGAGCGCG